GACAUUCAAUCAUCUGAAUUUCAGCUUCAAAGAAACAGUCUUUUCGUUACAAGACUCGGACAUAGCAAGUUUGAAGCAAUGGCAGCCCCUAAUGAGACCUACACUCCGGCAUUUCCUCCACAAACCAAGCCCCACAUUUCAACCGGCAUCCCCUUUCCUGAAGCAUGUGCCCAUCACAUUAAAGAUACAUUCCAUGCCUCAAAGGUCUACAUAAUUGUAUCGAACUCCAUCAGCAAGACUUCCAAUUUCACCUCUCUUAAAGAACGUCUUGGUGAUCUGGUUGUCGGCGUGAGGUAUGGAAUCAAGCCGCACACACCAUGGGAUGAUGUUUUGGAAAUCGUACAAGACAUGCGAGAGAAAGAAGCAGAUAUCAUUGUUACGCUUGGAGCCGGAUCACUUACUGACGGAGCAAAAGUUAUUUCAUUCGCACUAGCAAACAAUGUAUCCACACCCGAGGGACUCUAUUCUCUGUCGGCAGAGGCCAAACCCUCAGAUUUAAAGCCAUGUCAAGUCCCCAUAAUCAACAUUCCAACAUCCCUUUCUGGCGGGGAGUACUCGCCACUUGCUGGCGCGACCAACACCUUGACGCAUCAGAAGGUGGCCUUUAGUCACCCAUCGUUGGGCGCAUCCCUUGUCAUUCUAUCUCCUUCCCUGUGUACUUCUACUCCUCAACAUAUUUGGCUUAGCACUGGUCUUCGAGCCGUAGAUCAUUGUGUCGAAGGACUGUGCUCGCUUGAUAAAAAUGUUUGCGCCGGAAGCGACGAGGAGUUUUCGAGUGGAUUGAGAUUACUCGUACCAAAUUUGUUGAUCACCAAGAAAGAUCCGACAAACGAGGACGCGAGAUUAAAGGAAAUGUGGGGAGUAGUGGAAGCAAUGAAGGGGGUUGGCAGAAGCAUCCCGAUGGGUGGGAGCCACGGAAUCGGACACCAGUUAGGACCACUAGGUGUUGGCCAUGGUGAGACAAGCUGUAUCAUGUUACCACACGUAUUGAAAUACAACGCAAAGUAUGGCAGCAAUGACGAGAAAGUUAUUGGAGGUCAAAGAAAAGUACUCGACGCGUUGUGGGGUGAAGCUACCGUUAAAGAGUUACUCGAGAGGAGCGGCUUGGAGAGAGGAACUUCAGAUGCAGGUGAUGUGGUCGGUGCUAUUGUGAGCGAGCUUGGCAUGCCGAGGACACUGAAGGAUGUGGGUGUAAAGAAAGAGCAAUUGGACGCACUAGCGGACAAUUGUUUGAAAGAUAGGUGGUUGCCUACAAAUGCCGUACCUCUAACCAGUAAAGAACAAGUGCUCGAAGUUUUGGAAAUGGCUGCUGGCUCAUAGUUUGAUCCUUACGAGGGACCACUUAAGUUACGCUCAUGAAUCAAAAAGAUUGCGGGAUGUUCUUCUCAGCGACUUCAAAAUUUUUGUUGCGCAGAUAUUCCGCAGUGUAUCACAAUCGAUCUCAGUCCUUGCUCCCCGAUUACUUUCCAGCACCGCGAAAGUAAAGUUUUCGAGAAUAAUUAUAUGUAAUAAUAACUUGCAAGAUUAUUGAAUAUCCAGCAGAAGCAAAAUGCAAAAAAUUUAUAUUGUACAGUGGUCA